AGAGAGAGAGAGAGAGAGAGAGAGGAGAGCGGAAGUGUUCUAUUUUUUCUGUUCGCUUCCCUUUUUUUUCCUUUUGCUUUGCCUCCGCCGCGAUCGAAAGGAGUCAUUCGAACAAUCCAAUUCUACACCGUCGCGCGAGAGAAGGGAGACAAAUUCGUCAAGAGCCAACGGAGCGAAGAAGAAGAAGAAGAAGAAGAAGAAAGACGAGGAUUUCAGGGGAAGACAAAAGGAAGAGGAGGAGGAGGAGGGAGAAUUCGAGCACGCUUUGCGCUCGGAAUCGCCACGCUCUCUUUCGCAGCUUGGAGGUCCCGAAGACCGGCUUCGGCGCCUGCCCUUCCUCGCAUUCGCGCCCCCAAGGUUCGGUCUUUUCUUCGUCCCUCUGCUUCCCUCUCCCCCGUCCAGCCCGCCGGCUGCAACCCGUGAUCCGCCGCGCAUGCGUUGGCCCUCAGAUCGCAGAGCACGGCGUCAAUCUUCGGAGUAUCUAUAGCGAGCAAUUCGUAUGCAAAAAAAUGUGAUCUUUCUUGAGCUUCCGGCCGCGGAAUUGGUUGUUCCUCUGGUUGGGUUCAGUUCUUCUAGGGUUUUACUCCAGUAUGAUCGCGAGUCUCUUCCGGUGCGAACCCUUUUGAGUUGGUUCGAGCUUGGGAUCUUUGCUCGCGAAGUGGAUGUUUGUCGUCCAUCCUCGCUCUAGGGUUUUGUGCUCCAGAAUUGAGAAUUUCGUUUGAUCGUUCGAAGAUGAGGAGGAGGAGAUUGGUUAUAUCUCUCGCAAUCCGCUGGAAGUGGAUCAAGAUUUAGGUUCUUUUUGGUUGAGAGAAGAGAGUGAAGAAACGAACGGGAACAGUAAUUUUAUAUUGGUCUGGUGAAUUAUAUGGCUACGGUGCACUGAGAAUGCCGACGCCACAGCCUCCCCGGAUCAACCUCGGUGACCUGAAGUUGCAGAUAGAUAAAAAGCUCGGCCCCGAACGGUCCCAGCGAUAUUUUGCUUAUUUGACUCUGUUAUUGUCACAGAGGCUGAGCAAACCAGAUUUCAACAGGUACUGCCUACCGAUCCUCGGGCACGAGAACAUCCAUUUGCACAACCAGCUUAUUCGCUCGAUCCUCAAGAAUGCCUUUCAGGCAAAAACUCCACCUCCACUUGGCCCUGAGAAGGCUACUUUCAAGCCCAUUGAAGCUGUUGGAAAGAAAUCGUCUCAAGAUGAAAGCAUGGUUAAUCAUUUGGCAGCACCGACACCGAUGCACAGUGUAUGGUCCAAUGGGAGUAUCUUGUCACCAUCUUCUCACAAGGUCAGAUCGUGCAUUCAAGACCGGAGGAUCAAAGACCGGCCUAUUCCUCUUGGACAGAAUGGAACAGAGGAUGCGACUUACCAUGAAUCCUCGGUGCCCUUGGACAAGAAUGUUGCCACAGAGAAUGGCACUCUUGGUCCUCGGAAUCGCAAGAGACCGAUGCAGCAUCAUCAAGGUGUUACUUCAGAACAGCCUGCAAAGCGACCACGAGCAGGAGAUUUGACACCUCAUGCUCAAGCUUUUCUAGAGAGCAAGGAUUUGGUUGAGGUUGAAGCCAUGAAAGAUGCGGAAGAGUUGCGACAAGCUGUUGAUUUGUACUCCGGGAGAGGUCCUCUUGAGGCUCCACUUGGCGUUCCUUUCUGUCCUGCAAGUUUGGGUGGGGCACAAAGAUCUUUGCCUUUAGGAACUACUUCUAGUAGUGGUAGUCUUACAAGUAACUAUUACCAUGGAGAAUUAUGUCAUAGUGAGAUAUUGAAGAAAAGGAUGGAGAAAAUAGCAGAAGCACAUGGCUUGGAGGGAGUCGCAUUGGACUGCUCUAACCUAUUAAAUAAUGGCCUAGAUGCUUAUUUGAAGCGUCUAAUUAGGUCAUGUGUUGAGUUAUUAGGAUCAAAGUCAGGUCAUGAUCAUAUGAAGCAUCCAUUCUUCCAGCAGCAAGCUCAGAUGACACCAAUUAACGGAGUUUGGCCUGGAAAUCACAUGCAUGCACAGAAUAGUUCUGGAUCUUUAAACCACAUGCAAUGGCUGAAAACACACCCAGUAUCUGUUCAGGAUUUUAGGAUUGCAAUGGAGCUGAACCCACAGCAACUCGGUGAAGAUUGGCCAUUGCUACUCGAGAAAAUAUGCCUCCAUUCAUAUGAAGAUUAAGAUAGGACAAUUUUGGGGUUUUUUGAUCCGUCAAAUUCUUGUGUGGUGAAUCUUUAAGUACCUCAAGGGUUGGUUUUAUUUUCCCUUCUUGGCUUCAUUCAUGGAGCAUUAUCAUGGACCAAGGCAAAAUUAUUUUUCUAAUAUUCCUGAUGUGUUCAAGUGAACCAAAUGUCAGUGCUGGAAGGAAGUUUAGUUUUUCCCUCUCUGGCUCAUUGCUGUAUGCUUUUAAUAAGAAAGGGGUUGUUCCACCAGAACCAGAGAGGUCAAGCUUUUCUAUGGUUUUCAGCAUGCUCAGAGAAAAUCAAUUUUGCAAAAUACUGAUGUGUAACUUUUGAUAUAGGUAUAUGUAGGUUCUUAGAGGGAUUGCUGUGUAUGUAACAUUACUUUCAGAAGUUGCUUGGGUAGUUGUAGUUAGUGGCAGCCUCUUACUGUUUCAUGAUUGUUCGGAAGAAAACUUUGUGCCAUCCAAAUAUGAUACACAUCUAAGAAAUCGAGUAUCUGGAGACGUCCUAUAUGUUUUUUCUUACAGAGUUUAAUCUAGAUAUGUUCGAAGCAUUACGAGGGAUUGCAGAGUUGGUCAUUUCCCACUCGGUGAUGCUCUUUAUGUUAAGGUGAUCUGGAGGGUUGACGCUUGGUUGAAUUUCAAGGAAUAAGGGAGAAUCUUGUUCUUCUGCAGCAGGAUGACAGUCGCCAUAUCGAUCCCUUCCUCUGCUUCAGCCUCUUUGGUGUCUCCAUCUCAGAAGCAGAGAGAGAGAGAGAGGGAGAGAGAGAGAGGAGAUGAGCUUAUGGUUACCGUGCUUCCGAGUCUCCACGCGGGAGGAGACGGCGAGCCAAGCUCGCUUGACGGGGAAGACCACCCCCCUCCGCCACCAGGACACCACGGUCUUCGCCUUCAUCCUCUGCCGCCGGUUCGCGCAGUCCGACGCCCGCCUCCUUGCUCCCGCCAGUCCUCCUUCCCCGGUGUACCGUUCCGACGAAGAGCACCACCCCCUCCUUCUACGUCCGGUGACGCAAACGGUUGUCGGUGCACAGUUUCUCGUGUCUGCAUCCCUCUCUGUUCUGGUCCUCCUCUUUAUUCUCUUCUUUUUCCUUCUUGGCUUCCGCGGUUGAUAUUGUCACCCUCUGAUCCAUGAGAAGUUGCCUUACAAAGAGGGCUUGUUUGUUCUACAUUAAAUUAUUCGGGAUUAAAUCCCGACCCUUCGAGGGGUGAAAAUAUCAAACUGACGACGUGAACGCAUCCAACCAUCUCCGCACCCACUCUUCCAACUCUGCUUCGACACGUGUCGGACACACCCUCUCGUCCCGCGUGACGGACAAAAGCAGCCAAAGGUAAUUUUACACGUCAUCAUAGUAUGCUGUGCGCUGCUCUGGAUCCUGCAGCAAAGCGGUAAUAAAAAGUGGAACAGUUUCAGCGCCGCAGGGAGACGCUGGUCGGGUGCUGAUUAGCUAACGUGUCGACUUCCAAUUGGAUGAUUCGUUGGAAGUGUAGAAGGCCAGUGGAACGUCACGAGAUACACUACCACCCACACGUGCCUGUCGUAUUCUCUCCAGAAAUUAGAUACACGCGUGGAAAACUUACUCCUAGGUGGCGAGCUCCUAUUGGACCGAGGGAUCGUGAACCAUCACACCGCUAUAUAUAUUGAGGCAGAAGCCGCGGAAGAACCCUAAUCUCCGGUCGCCUCUUCCAUGGCUGCGGCGCUUUCUCUCUCUCUCUCUCCCUCUCCCUCUCCGUCUCUAAGAUCUCUCCGGUGAGGUUUUCGUGUUUCUCUCUCACUCUCUCUGUUGCUUUUUCGCUUACCAAACUUUAGACCUGCUUUAUCUGAAGAAGGAUUCGGCUCUUGACAAAGAGUCAAACAGCAGGCGCCUUGUGAUCCAUGGCGAUAUACCUGUCUGCCGCAUGGAGCCGAUAUUACGUCGCCGGACGAAGAUUGCUUGGAUUUCUUAUUCCUUCAAUCCAACGCCACAAUACCCGGCCACAUAUCCACACCAAAAACUUAGAUCCUCUUCUCCCCCUUUGUGUUCUUUACUCGUUUUUCAUGUAGCUUAUAGUUCUUCUAAUGCUAGUUUUAUAUUGCAUGUUA